AACUAUUAGCUUUAGUAAUCAGGUGGCGAGCGGAGCGGAGCGAGCCACCGUGCCCGAAGCGUGGCGAGCGAAGCGAGCCCGCGAGGGUACUUUUCGGGUACCCUGUUCGCCCGUAGCUCCUCCCCCUGGUGACGUAGCUCCUCCCCUAAGUACGUCACAAGGUGCCUUCAGCCACUCCGAUAUAGAACCAACCGGACCGCGCUGCAAACGAAGGCGAAGAUGAUACACGGCGCAUGCGCUGUGCGUGACAUCUGUGCUCAUUGCGCCUAGUCCCCCGGUGUAGGCAGUAUCCAGGGCGAUACAUCUCAUGACAGCAGCAGCCCGGGGACACACAUGAGACCGUAGAGAUAAACACAUCUAGGGUACGGGCAGUGAGGUGAGGCAGGUGCUUGUCCUAAUUCCAGGUUUUGUCAGCCACCAAACAGAAUAUCUAAAGUACUACUGAUCCAAGGAGUACUCGGUAAUAUGAAUGAUUGUACAACUAAACAUAUGGGAAAAAGACAUGGGACAUCCCAAAGUGUUCCAAUAACUUCACAAGUGAAAACAAUACAAAUUCCCAGGUCUAUGAAAAAUGCUACAUUUCUUAAGCAUCCAGAUCUUACUAUGGGCCAGAAGCGGUAUUUGUGCAGCAUUGCCAAAAUCUACAGUACCAACGACAUGAGAGCCUUGACUUACAGUCACCUGCAUUCACAGAUAAGAUGUGGUAAUAAAAAAACACGUUUUAAGUCUCCAUCCUCUGGAAAAAUAAAGCAUGAAAUAAAGGAACAUUGUAGAAGUAGGUCACAAUUAGACCACCUUUGUAAAUCCAGCCGUAAAACGGGCCAUAUUGAAAAAGGAGAAGGGAAGUCAAGCUUGGAAGAUUCUCCAUCCACAUCGAGUGUAGAUGCUACUACUGAAGGUGCAAGGACCAUAGAAGAAGCCAUGAUCAAAACUCUGGAGUAUACUGGAGAACUGGAAAAGCUCUGCCUCACCUGACCGCAUAACACUGCAAAUAACCUUUGGCAUCACAUCACAAGAAAUUGCUGCUUACGUGACACACGUCAGGACCUUACUUCAAGAGUUUGCAUUCAGCGCCGGACUUUCUGCUGGUAAUUAAUAUUCUCCAUUAAGGUCGGAUUAUAGAAUUGUUCCUGUGCAGCUAUAGACUUGAAUAACAGUGGGACUUUACUUGCCAGUACAAUGGAUAUGCUAAUGACAUUAUACACUUUUUUUAUAUUAUUAAAAUCAAUCUGAUCUUUUAUAUUUAAAUAUGUGCGCACACAUGCACUUUUAUAUUCAUGCCUAACAUGUUCUGUAUUGUUUUAUUAUACUGCUA